GGCCGGCCCGGCGGCGCGCGGGCAGCGGCGGCGGCGGCCCAAGAUGGCGGAGCUGCAGCUGGACCCGGCGAUGGCGGGGCUGGGAGGGGGCGGCGGGAGCGGGCUGGGCGACGGGGGCGGCCCGGGUCGCGGGCCCCCCAGCCCUCGCCCUGCUGGCCCCACGCCCCGCGGGCACGGCCGCCCGCCCACCGCCGUCGCGCAGCCGCUGGAGCCGGGUCCCGGACCUCCCGAGCGGGCAGGGGGCGGUGGCGCGGCCCGCUGGGUCCGGCUGAACGUGGGCGGCACCUACUUCGUGACCACCAGGCAGACCCUAGGCCGGGAGCCCAAGUCUUUUCUCUGCCGCCUCUGCUGCCAGGAGGACCCGGAGCUGGACUCAGACAAGGACGAGACAGGGGCCUAUCUGAUUGACAGGGACCCUACCUACUUUGGUCCUAUCCUAAACUACCUCCGCCAUGGGAAGCUCAUCAUUACGAAGGAGUUGGCAGAAGAAGGCGUGCUGGAGGAAGCGGAGUUUUACAACAUUGCAUCUCUUGUGCGACUGGUUAAGGAAAGGAUACGGGACAACGAGAACAGAACUUCACAGGGCCCCGUGAAGCAUGUGUACAGAGUCCUGCAGUGCCAAGAAGAGGAGCUCACGCAGAUGGUGUCCACUAUGUCUGAUGGUUGGAAAUUCGAACAGCUAAUCAGCAUUGGAUCUUCCUAUAACUACGGAAAUGAGGAUCAGGCAGAGUUCCUGUGUGUCGUCUCCAGAGAACUAAAUAAUUCUACCAAUGGCAUCGUCAUCGAGCCAAGCGAGAAGGCAAAGAUUCUUCAGGAGAGAGGGUCUCGGAUGUAAACACCGGAGUCCUAAACGACGAGAGAGCAACCCCGCAGAGCGCCUCUGUGAAGUUAGGUCUUGCUCCUGUACAGUCUACUGCAAAGCCAAGCGGAGCCUGGCCCCUCAGUGAAGAAGUGUUCUGGUCAAAACCAAAGGAACCCCUUCCCCACCCACAGGAAGCCGAAGACAGAGGCCACUUCCGGCUGCAGAAUACCUUUUCAGAAACCUGCUUUUGUUUUCUUAGCCAGUGUUACAACAAAUCUUUAUAAGAGCAGCUGGGCCACGUUCCAGUUGGAGCUCAUGUAGGGAUAUGGGGAGGGGAAGAGGAAGGCCUGGGUCCCUGCACACGCUGUACUUCACAGAAGCCGGAGCAAGCGAGAGGGUUGUCCCUGAGCUGUGCCGUGUUUUCACCUGAACGUGCCGCAUUGGACGUUGGCAGCUGCUUUGUAACAGUCUUUCCCCUCCUGUGCACCCCAGAAUGAUGCAGCAGACACAAAGGAUUCUGGCUUCAGGUUGUUGAAUUGAGGUGUGGGUAAAGGAUAGAGUUGCCAGAGUACCCCACAUUCCUGUGAACAAAACCUCUGGGAGGAGGGGGACGAGGGGGUGUCCCUGGUUGUGGUUGGAGACUGGGGAUUGCAGCUCCGAGUUCAGGGCACCAGCUGCUGCCGUGUUCAGCUUUGCCUCAUUUGUCUUCAGCAGCCUGGACCACCCCAUAUAGCUUGCUUUCUCCCCAGGAAGAGGUUUGAGGCCGGCAGCAUCUACGCCAAUCAGGAGACAGACAGAUGGGCGCUUUAGGUGGCUGGUGUAACUGCUUCCGCAGCCUUCUCUUGCCCUCCGUGGGCCCAUCUUCCUUCCCCGGCUGUUUAAACUGGGACCGAGGAUAAAGGGAUGGCUUGGGGCGGGGACAGCUGUUUCUUUGAAAGUUGCCAAAUGUGUUAUGUUGUAGUAUCCAAAAGUGCUGUCAUUUUUGUGAUCGUCUCUUGGAAAUGCCUUGACCGAAAGUGCGAUAUUUGUGUCUCUUCUUGGUCUCUGACCUUGGCGGUGUCAUUGAGCCUGCACCCUCCCCCGCAGCGUGUGUGCGUUUGCUGGGCAGUCUGAGGACUCCCCCGUCUCUGACCCCAGCCCUCACCGCCACUUCUUUCUGUGGAGUGCCAAGGCGUCGAGGAUGAAACGCUGCUCGACCCGGAGGAGUGAAAGCCCUCCUUUGGGCUGUGACCUCAGAGUCUGUAACUGGACUUGCUCUCUGAGCCUUCUGAGUCUUGGUGAGCAGUCAUGCGAUGAAAGGGGCCAGAGAACCACGACUUUUCCCCAGGUGACUUUCCUAGUGUGGCACAUGGUCCGUAGGAGGGGGAGGUACCCAAGCAGAAUGUUCCAUCCGUAAAAGCUCCCUCAAGCGCAUGGCUUCUAGGUACCUUCGGAGCUGAGGUUCUCCCUCCUCCACAGCUCAGCUGCUUACUGCGUGGGUCUGGGUUUGUUUGGAAAUGACCAUUGACCGUGCCAAAUGUCUUUGGAGCCUGUGACCUGCCCCUGCCCCGAUGGCCUAACUCUUCUCUUCUCCGGGAUUCUCACGUUGCCCUCAUGUGUCUGUGUGUAGAGUAGGUAGAAGUGUGUGUCCAGGGCGUCUGCGGACGUGCGGUGUCUGCACACCAGUGUGAACAUGCAUGUCCGCACCUCGGAAGUCUGGCCCGUACCCAGGAUUUUUGCAGCUGUAAAAUGUUAGAGGAACUGCUACCUACGCAGAAAGGGUCACCCCUUCAGAAAGCGUGCAGGCUUCCAUCCUGUCAUCUCUCGGGGGGGAAAAAGAUGUGAGCGUAUCAGGGAAAAGCUGCGCUGAGGCGGACAGAGCACUGUGGGCAAGGUGCCCGGUGGCCAGUUCCAGUGAGAACCGUCAGACUGAAAGGAGGGAAAGCAGCUGCAGCUGGGGCCUCAUGCCCGAUCAGGUCUGCUCUCUGGGGCUCGCCUGGUGAGCAGCCUUUGGCCCCCGCCCAGCGAGGAGGAGCGUGGAGGCCGCGGGGCAGCCGUGAGCCGGCCCCUCGGGAUGCACUGUUUCUGUCGCGCUUCUCAGCGGUGCACCGUGGUGCUUGCUAAAAGGCUGCUGAGCCCCUUGCUAAGUGCUCUGAGGAACGGGAGGGCUGGCUUUCACCAGGUUUCCCUCCUCCUGGCAACCCAGUGACAGUUUCAGCUGUUGCAAUGCUCUAGGAAUCUGAGAGUGAUUCGUUUCUUAAGGUUUCUGGAAAAGUAUUUUACCCAAGCCCUUUAUGAACCAAGUUGGUGUUUUUUCUUGAAAGCCUUCUCUCCCCGGGAGAGUAACUAUAGACAGAGGUCUGCCCAUUGGCUUGGGGACAUCACGUGACCAGUGACCCACACGCUUCAGCUGCCCAGGGCUGCCACGUGGGGAGUGUCUCUCUGCUUCCUUCUCUGCCCGGGUCCAAGGCUGUGGGUGAUUCAGGCCAGACCCAGGGAGCAGCCUGGCAUCUCCUGAGUGAUGACUCAGUAGCCGCUUCCAUCUUUUCCUCAGAACCUGCUCCUCUUUCUUGGCAGUGAGGCAGGGCCCAGCCUCCUCUAGAGUAACUUCGUUUCUGCACAGUUUACCUGAUUGCAGGGGUGUCCACGAGAUGAAGAGGAGGAGGGGGCAGAGAUGCUGAGGGAGGAGGGCUGAGAAGUCACCCACACCCUCCAGCGUGGCCUUUGAGCCAGGCCUUAGGGACCAUACCUGUCACUUGUGGGUGCCCUUUGUUACAUUUGUGUGUUUGAAUAAAGUCUGAAAUGAUGUGACCCUUUUUCUUUUCCUCCUGUCAAUAAAGACGUGAAACAAACUUCUGAA